AUGGAUGAAAUCUUAGCACAACAAUCAACCACUACUUCAUCAUUAGAUUUAUUAUUAGAUUUAAUGAGAAGAUUACCACCAGAAAAAAUCGAAAUCAACUUGAAAUCAUUAAUUGAAAUCUUACCUGAUUUAACUGAUGAUUUAUUAACUUCAAUCGAUCAACCUUUGAAAGUUAAAAGAUGUCAAUCUUCUGGUCGUGAUUUUUUAAAUUGUGAUUAUAAUCGAGAUCAAGAUUCGUAUAGGAGUCCUUGGACAAACGUUUAUGAACCUGAUUUGGCCGAAGGUACUUUACCUAGUGUACGAUUAAGGAAACUUGAGAUUACCCUCAAUGACGCUUUCGAUAAAUACAGAGAACUGUAUUAUGAGGGAGGUGCAUCAUCUGUUUAUCUAUGGGAUUUAGACGAAGAUUUUGCUGGAGUAGUCCUGUUCAAAAAAAAUAUUGAUCCAAGUGAUCAGUUGAAAGGAACUUGGGAUUCCAUUCAUGUUUUUGAGACGACUGAAAGGGGUCGAAACGCGCAGUACAAGCUCACGUCUACUGUGAUGUUACACCUAGUAAAAUCUAAUGAAUCAUUAGGUGAAUUAAGCUUAGCUGGUAGUAUGACACGACAGGUGAGUACCAUGAUUACAAAUUUAUCAACAAGUCAUUUAAAUAAUAUAGGAAAAUUAGUAGAAGAGAUGGAAAUGAAGAUGAGAUCGUUAUUGAAAGAAGUUUAUUUCUCAAAAACUAAAGAUAUCAUUAAUGAUUUGAGAUCUAUUGAUGAUUUGAAUGAAUUAAAGAAACGAGUGGGUGUACAAAAAGAGUUAGUAGGAUUAUUAAGAGUUAAAGGACAAGGAUUGGGUAGCUAG